AAUUUUCUAAAAAGGGUCCACUCUCAAUUUUUUCUCCUUUUCCAAAUUCUAUAAAAUGAGUUCACCCUUAGUUUCUCUUCGUCAUUCAGAAUUUGUUUGAAGUUUCAAGUUUCAUUCCUGUUUGGUUAAAAAUGGGGGACGAAGUGAAAAUCCUGGAUUUCUGGCCCAGCAUGUUUGGGAUGAGAGUUAGAGUAGCUUUGGCAGAGAAGGGUGUGGGUUAUGAGUGUAUUGAAGAAGAUCUGAGAAACAAGAGCCCUUUGCUUCUUGAAAUGAAUCCAAUUCAUAAGAAAAUCCCAGUUCUUAUUCAUAAUGGAAAACCUAUUUGUGAAUCUUCCAUUAUUGUUGAGUAUAUCGAUGAAUUUUGGAAUGACAGAGCUCCUUUGUUUCCGUCCGAUCCUUAUGAAAGAGCUCAAGCCAGAUUUUGGAUUGAUUUCAUCGAUAAGAAGCUUUAUGGAAGUGUGAGGAAGAUAUAUGGUGGAAAAGGAGAGGAGCAAGAGGAAGGGAAGAAGGAGAUGAUGGAAAUAUUGAAGGAAUUAGAAAAAGUGCUUGGAGAAAAGGAUUAUUUUGGAGGUGAAUGCUUUGGAGUCUUAGACAUAGCUUUGAUUGGAUUCUCAACUUGGUUCAGUGGUCUAGAGAGCAUUGGAAAUUUCAGCAUUGAAAGUGAGUGUCCAAAGUUAAUAAGUUGGGCGAAAAGAUGUUUGCAAAGGGAGAGUGUUUCUAAAUCCUUACCUGACUCCAAAAAGACUACUGAGUUUAUUGCUGAACUCAGAAAAAUGAUUGUUGAGUAAACAAAUUUGGGCUAUUGCUUAUUAUUAUGUUAAUUUCCACCGCCCAUUUUGAUGGGAUUGUAUGUGUUUUUGAACAAUAUUAUUCAGUAAAUGUCAUGUAUGUGUGUUUCCUUUUGCUGAUAUUUCUAGAUCCUAAAUUAUUAUACAUUAUAUUUUA